AUGGAUCCCAUGAUGGUGGACUGGUUUAACCUGAUUCGGAAAAAACAAAGCUACAUACAGAAGGAGUCGGAGUUAAUGUAUAUAGCAAGAACACAGGAUCUGGAGGAGCAGCAGCCAAGUGUGGAGGGAGAACUCAGGAGACUGAUCAAUAAACCAGAACAUCGGAUGAGUCUCUCUGAGAAGAAGGGGGAAACUGAGCUGUUGAACAGACUGAUGGAUAUUGUGAAUGACAGGAAUGCCAUUGUUGAGGGACUGGAAGAGGACAGGAUAAGGGAGGAGGAGGACGAUCAACAGUUGAAUGAGAUGAUGCAAAGACUGGGUGAACACUUGGAAAAAAUCCACUUGGAACUCACAGCAGAGGAGAAUGAUAAAUAAAAGGGAUUCUUUAUUUCCUCUGUUC